GGCUCAAGGCCACACCCCCAGGCCCAGAGGCCACACCCUCUGGCUCCCGAGGCCCCGCCCCGGCGCGCGAACAUGGCAGCUGCCCGCGGGCUGUGGGGCUGUGAGGACUCGAGCCUCUGGGCUGCCAUCCUGGCGAGCCACGGGGAGGUGCUGCGGGCGCGCGCAGACCCGCAGGGGCGGCUGGAAGCCCUAGACCGAUGGUAUCGAGGGGAGUUGCCCGCGGCCAUCGAGGGCCGCACGGAGAGGCACGUGACACGAGAUGAGCUGGAGCGGCUGAUGGCGUGGAAGAUGGCGAGGGGCCGCUUCCGGCCGCGCCUGCAGCAGUUGGUGACCUCCAACGCCCCGGAGCUGGUGGUGCAGCGCUCGGCCACCGCCUUCCGCCUCCUGCCGGACGUACGGGCAGCAGUCACGGAAUUGUGUGCCCUCCGGGGCGUGGGCCCCGCCACGGCCUCGGCGGUGCUGGCUGCUGGAGCUCCGGAGGAGGCAGCCUUCAUGUCCGACGAGGCAGUGGCCGCAGUGCCGGGCCUGCCAGUCCUGCAGUAUACCCUCAAGCACUACAUGCUGUACCUGAGCCGGGUGCGGGAGCGUGCCUCAGCCCUGAGCCGAGGCAGCGCCUCAGGGCCGUGGACCCCUCACCAGGUGGAAACAGCGCUGUGGACCUGGGUUGCGGGGCAGAAGCUGUGCCCCGACCUGCUGCCUGACCUUGGCCCUGGCCUGUCCACCCGUGAGGACACCAGGACAGCCAAAAAGCGCAGGACCCAGGCCGAAUGAACAUGGCUAUGGCCCAGGGCCUGCUCACCUGCCCUGCAACCUCAGGCUGCAGGUGUCUGGCUGGGAGCUGGUGGAGCAGGAGCCGGCUGCUGUCAGUACUCAAUAAAUGCUUGCUGAGCUCACCCCUGA